AUGCUCCUCGUCGGCCUCGCGGUUGCCGACAAUCAAGAUCGCAAGCGGGACGGCACGGGCAACCAGGACCGCGACAGGAAGCGCGACGGUUCGUGCGCGAAAUCCGGCACGUGCAGCGGCAACAAGAACGGCGGCAACCCCGGUGGUCGCGGCGGCAAUGGCGCUGGGAGGAAUUCGGGGAAGAAAGGCACGGGGACGUGCAACAAGAGCGGCAGUGCGAGUUGCGACGGCAGUGGGCGGAAGAACGCGGUGACCGCGAGCGCGGAUGCCGCCGUGGCGGCUGCUGACGUGGACGUGCAGGCGUGUGACGGGCCGAAGCAGGCGGGGAAGCUGAUGAGCGGAUUGCGGAAGAGCGGAUUCAACAAGUUCGCCGCGGCGCUCCAGCAGACAGGUGCGCUGCAGCAGACAGGUGCGCUGCAGCAGACAGGUGCGCUCCAGCAGACAGGUGCGCUGCAGCAGACAGGUGCGCUGCAGCAGACAGGUGCGCUCCAGCAGACAGGUGCGCUGCAGCAGACAGGUGCGCUGCAGCAGACAGGUGCGCUCCAGCAGACAGGUGCGCUGCAGCAGACAGGUGCGCUGCAGCAGACAGGUGCGCUGCAGCAGACAGGUCUGGCGGCGGAGUUCCCGGAGGUGAUGUGUGCGGGCGGAGUGACGCUGCUGGCCAUCCCCGACGUGCCCAUGGGGCAGCUGCCCCCGGCGGUGCGAGGGGACCCGGUGAUGCUGAGGGAGCAGCUGCUGCUGCACGUCGUCAAGGCCGCCCGCCCCUACUCGCGCAUGCAGGCGCGCACCAAGAACUACAAGUUUGCGUGUGCGGCGGGGGCGGGGUCAGGGCGGCUGGUGAAGCAGAGCCAGGGCAGCGCGCCGCUGGUGCUGCGAGUGGGCAGGGGGUGGGGGCAGGCAGCAGCCGUGACGCGCCCCGAUGCCUUCCGGUGCACGGGGGGGGCGGUGCACGGAGUGAACUGCGCGCUGGGCUUGGGGCGCAUGGGCAGGCCGGGCAGGCGCGUGCCUCUGGGGCAGUGCCUGCGCAACGGCAGGGACCAGGAUGAUGACUAG